AUGGAUUCAUUAAUUGGAAUAAAAGGCCAAGACUUUGUAGUAUUAGCUUCAGAUACUGUGGCAGUUAGCAAUGUGUUCAGAUUAAGUUUAAAAGAUGAUAAGAUCAUGGAGAUCGACGAAAAUAAGUUGAUUGGAAUUGGAGGAACUUUAGGAGAUAGGAUGCAGUUUGGAGAAUAUAUUAAAUGCAAUUUGAAUUUAUAUAGGCUCAGAAAUGGAAUUCAACUCAGUACUACAGCUACAGCUAAUUUCACAAGAAAUGAGCUGGCAGAGUUACUUAGAUCAGAUCCACACAAUGUGAAUAUUUUAAUAGGAGGAUACACCAAAGAGGAAGGAGCGAAGCUAUAUUGGAUGGAUGAGCUAGCAUCUUUGGGUAAUGUUAAUAACGCUGCUCAUGGAUAUGGUGGGCUUCUGAUUACCGGUAUAUUAGACAAAUACUAUAAGCCAAAUAUUACCCAAGAAGAAGCACUAGAUAUCUUAAUUAAGUGCUCAGAAGAACUUAAAACUCGAUUCUUGCUAUCUCAAUACAGUUUAUUUGCGAAGAUUGUUGAUAGCCAAGGUGUAAAAUUCUUAAAGAUUGAGAAUGGUACUGCAACACCUAUUAUGAAAGAGUAA